CCAUCGGUGGCUCCCCGGAUCCCCGGUGGCCCCCCCACCCAAAGGACCCCCCCCCACCCCGGAACCCGCGCCCUGCGACCCCUUUAUUCUGACAACUUUUGAGUCAGAGGCAAAAAGAUCCGGUCCUGGGGAAAUUCAGCGGGGACUCGCCGCUCCGCUAUCCGCCUCUCAGUGCACCAAACCCGGCCACGCUCCGCGCGCCGCACCGCUGAACCUGGAACCCCCGGAACCGGGGACUGGAUAAUCUCUUCAUGUUUUCAGAUGAAACUUUCUCCUCCACUGACUGGUUGACACUGUGACUUCCUCUUGGAGACUGAAUCCCGCCGGGCCGCCAUGCUGAAGCCGGGCGGCGGCGACUCCAGCGGCUCGGCCUUCCUGAAGGUGGACCCGUCGUACCUGCAGCACUGGCAGCAGCUGUUCCCCCCCCAGCACCACCAGGGCCCGGGGCUGAAGGGGCCCCUGGGGGGACCCCUGGGGGGGCCCCUGGUGGCCCCGCUGGGCCCCCCCCUCCCCGGGGACACGGCCCUGAACCUGCGGCCGUCCCGGCUGCUGCACGGACACCUGCAGCCGCAGCUGCAGCUGCAGCCGCCCACGCCCUCGUCCUCCUCGUCCUCCGCCACGUCCUCGUCCUCCGUCUCCACCUCCGGCGGCCCCUUCGGGCCCCCGGGCCCCGGACCCGGACCAGGUUCAGGUCCGGUCGUUCCUCCGGAGAUCCUGCAGAAGGAGCCGGGCUGCGGAGGAGUGAUGGUGGUUUCCUCCAGCGAGGUGAAGACGGGAGGAAGAGAGGGAGGGAGAGAGGGAGGAGAAAGAGGAGAGGAAGGAGGGAACAAAGGAGUGAUAAAGGUGAAACUCACCUCGGAGGAACUGGACUAUUACCUGUACGGACAGCAGAGGAUGGAGAUCAUCCCUCUGAGCAGCAGCAGGGAGGGAGAGAUCAGCAGCCGAUGCGACAUGUGCGCCGACAACCGGCACGGCGAGUGUCCGAUGCACGGCCCGCUGCACUCGCUGCGCCGCCUGGUGGGCACCAGCAGCACGGCGGCGUCCGUCACCCUGCCGGACGUCCCUGAUUGGCUGAGAGACCUGCCCAGAGAGGUGUGUCUCUGCACCAGCACCGUGCCGGGACUGGGUUACGGGAUCUGUGCGGCCCAGAGGAUUCCUCAGGGAACCUGGAUCGGCCCCUUCCAGGGCGUCUCCCUGCUGGUGGACAAGCUGCACUCGGGGGCCGCGAGGAACACCCGCCACCUCUGGGAGUUUGAUCCGUGGGACGUUUUUGUGGAUCUGAGCGGCGCCGCUCCCCGGCCCGCGCUGCGUUCAGGUGUCGGGGUUCAGCCGUUUAUCGUGGUGUGUUCAGGUGUCGGGGUUCAGCCGUUCAUCGUGGUGUUCAGGUUCAGCCUCUCUCUCAUUGAUCAGCAGGACGGGGACGGGGGGACGGGGACCGGGGUCAGAGGUCGCCGGGACCACGGCCUGCAGGAACAGCAGCUGCUGCGUCAGGAUUGGUCCGUCCACAGCAGGAACGGGGAGAUUCCUUGA